AGCAAAGGUUGAUGACCAACCAAAAAUCACAUAUCUCCCUCUCCCUCUCUCCCAUUAUCAUCACCACCAAAGACCUCUCUAGCUGCAACUUCAAGAAAUUUCCAGCUGGUUUCUAUCUUGAGAAGAAUAUAUUCUUCACAACAAGAAUCAAUCUUUUCUUUCACUUUAUUUCUCUUUUAUUUUUUCCUCCUUAGCUUUCUUCGUUCUCCAAUUUACACACGCUCUCUCUUCAAACUCGCUUUUGCUUACACCCUCCAUUGAUAUAUAUAUAAUCAUGGAGUUUGCAGAAAAGCCUCAUCACCAAAUGGAGAGCAGUCUGCAGGUGGAUCAGUCAGAAGCCAAAAGAUGGAUCCUCGCCGGAAUCGCGCUGAGAAAUCCGCUCAAGCCCAUUCGCGUGGCCGCCACCCACGGCGCCUGCGCCUGGGAAAAUAAUGACGACCAAGACGGCGGCGGCGGUUCCUCGACCACUCCGACGUCGGAGGGUUCGAGAAUUCCGAGGAGACUCACGUGCCCGCCGCCUCCCAAGAAGCGAAAAGCGUCCAAGAGAUCAUCGUCGUCGGCUUGUUGUUAUAUUAAUGGCGGUGGGAGGGAGUUCUUCAGCCCCCCAGACUUGGACACCGUCUUCAUUCGCAGAUUACACACUUGAAUUCAUUAUAUUUUAAUUUUCUUCCCAUUUUAGUUUCUUUAACUACUCUUUUCAUUUCUCUCUCUCUCUAGCUAUAUAUAUAUAUAUAUAUAUGUAUGUACUUGUUUAGUUACUCUCAUUAUCUGCAACCUGCAGCCAGCAUAUGUACAUGGUUCUUGGUACAUAUCUAUAAAUAAAAUCAUUAUAAUUUGGCAAAUUAAA